AAAGGAUCAACCAUGAAACUCUAUGUGGCAGCCAUCCUGGCCAUUUCCUUUCUUGAGAACUUCAAGGUGUUCAUUUUCAAAGGAACCUUUGGGUCGCAAACUCUGGCACUAAGCUCCUGUGUAGAUUUGGAUUCAAGAGUAAUAAACAUCCAAAGAAUUGCUGACUAUGAAACACAAACCAGACCAAUAAAAGCUGUGAUAUUCAUCACCAAAAGUGGUGUGAAGGUCUGUGUACCACAUAAUCUUCCAUGGGUGAAGAGACACAUCAACAAGCUGAAGCGAAGGACGACUAAAAAACAAAAAAUAAUAACACCUAGACCUAAGGCUGUGACCGGCUAAACUAUCAACUCAUCAGUAGCGGCUCAUAACAUUUGCUAAUUGUUGACUGGAAAUGAAGCUUCUGAACCAAUGAAGUUUCACUGGAAUCUAUUUAUCCAUUAAGGCACAGCAGAUUGGAUUGUGGUGUCUUUAGUCUUAAUUACUUUGGGUUGUAUCCAAUGUUAGUCUAUCUUAUGUUCCAUUCAUUUCAACGGGUCUAGCCUAAGUAGGUUUAACUUUGGAUACAACCCUUUAUUUAGUUAUUUGUAAGAACAAAGA